UCAACAUUUAGUUCAGGAAGACGGGUUGAAGUGAGGUGGGGACGAGAAAUCAUCACUUAGCUCAUUGCUAGUUGCCUUGAGCCGACUGACGAGGUGUUAUGAGCUUUGUAGCCGAAAUCAGUAGAUUAUUUUAGUUUUGAUAGGUGUAACGAUGACCAUCUGACACCAAGAAUGGACAUAAGUUAACAAUGACGGGGGAGAAAAAGAAGAAAAAGCGGCUGAACCGCAGCAUUCUUCUUGCAAAGAAAAUUAUAAUAAAAGAUGGAGGAAGUCCUCAGGGAAUUGGUGAGCCAAGUGUUUACCAUGCUGUGGUGGUCAUCUUCCUGGAGUUUUUUGCAUGGGGUCUUCUUACCACCCCGAUGCUUUCGGUAUUGCACCAGACAUUCCCCCAACACACAUUCCUGAUGAAUGGGCUUAUCCAUGGUGUCAAGGGCCUGUUGUCAUUCCUGAGUGCUCCGCUGAUUGGAGCAUUGUCAGACGUAUGGGGACGCAAAUCCUUCUUGCUGCUAACUGUCUUCUUCACCUGCGCACCUAUUCCACUGAUGAAGAUCAGCCCAUGGUGGUACUUUGCAGUCAUCUCCAUGUCCGGCGUCUUUGCCGUCACCUUCUCUGUCAUCUUUGCUUAUGUGGCAGAUAUCACACAGGAGCAUGAGAGGAGCACAGCAUACGGUUUGGUAUCUGCUACCUUUGCGGCCAGCCUGGUUACCAGCCCGGCCAUCGGAGCCUACCUGUCUGUGGCCUAUGGUGACACCUUGGUGGUAAUCCUGGCCACCGCCAUUGCCCUGCUCGACAUCUGCUUCAUCCUGGUGGCUGUACCGGAGUCGCUUCCAGAGAAGAUGAGGCCAGCAUCGUGGGGAGCACCCAUCUCCUGGGAGCAAGCGGACCCAUUCGCUUCUCUGCGUAAAGUGGGCCAGGACUCCACAGUGCUCCUCAUCUGUAUCACAGUGUUCCUCUCCUACCUCCCCGAGGCCGGCCAGUACUCAAGCUUCUUUCUCUAUCUCAGACAGGUCAUAAGCUUCUCAUCAGCGACAGUGGCUGCCUUUAUUGCUGUUGUGGGGAUCCUCUCAAUACUAGCCCAGACUGUGGUGUUGGGCAUCCUGAUGCGUUCCAUAGGGAACAAGAACACAAUCCUACUCGGCCUCGGCUUCCAGAUCCUACAGCUGGCGUGGUACGGCUUUGGCUCUCAGCCCUGGAUGAUGUGGGCUGCUGGAGCUGUUGCAGCCAUGUCCAGCAUCACUUUCCCUGCCAUCAGCGCCAUUGUGUCCCGUAAUGCAGACCCCGACCAACAGGGUGUUGUCCAGGGGAUGAUUACUGGAAUCCGGGGCCUCUGUAACGGUUUGGGCCCCGCUCUUUACGGUUUUGUCUUCUACUUGUUCCACGUGGAGCUUACCGACACGGACGGCUCUGAGAAAGGUGCCAAACCGAACAUGGCCAACCCCACUGAUGAGAGUGCCAUCAUCCCCGGUCCUCCCUUCCUGUUUGGUGCAUGCUCGGUGCUGCUGUCCCUGCUCGUGGCCCUGUUUAUCCCCGAGCACACAGGGCCCGGCAUGAGGCCCGGCGCCUAUAAGAAGCACAGCAACGGUGCACAGAGUCACUCCCACAGCCCUCAAGGCAGCGGGGCCGAGGGCAAGGAGCCACUGUUGGAGGACAGCAGUGUAUAACCACAGCUAAGAGGGGCAGACUGUGCUCCAACCCAACACCCAUGCACACAUGGACAGAUGCACACAUUUUACCACAUGGACACACUCUCACCUCAGGCACACAUCAGACUCAAGUGCCAUGAAGAGGUGUUUGUGUCCACAGCACAAAAGUUGGCACUCCCUCCUUAGCAGCCAUUUUCUUUUUUUAAAGCAGGGUAUUGUAAGGACUCUCUAAAGACCCUGUAUAAAGAGAGCCUUUGAGUAUUUUUUUUCGGCUGCAGUGGAAAGGCGUGUGUGACUUAGCUAAGAUGGACUCUAAUCCUUUGUUUCUAUAAAGCAUUAACGGAGUGGAGCAUAUAACAGCUUGCCACCCUCCUAGUGCAAAACAGAACCAAAGUGAUUUGGUUUAGAGUGUGAGUGGCGUAGAUCUCAAAUGUUGCUAAAUCCUUGUGUGCUUCUUCAUAUUCCUCUGUAGCCAGUGAAGUGGCAACUUUUUCUGUUUGUCCAGCAAGAGUGUAACAAACAGUUAGUUGAGCACUUGUCUAAUGGUCUUUCACAAGCUAACUUCUGUUCUGAUGCUUGUCGUUGCGAAGACAGCUUUGUUAAAGCAUCUAAGAAGGGAACACAGUUCUUCGGCUGAAUGCACAGAAGCAACUGUCCACCUGUGAGAGGAGUCUCUGCAAACCAGUGUGGGGAGAGGCACAGCCUAAUCUAGGUCAGAAUGGGUCAACCAGUUCGGCUAUAAAAAGCUUUAACACCACACUUUGUUUAAACAUCACACUUACAGAGAGAAGUGUGCAAGAGAGACCACUUUAUUAGCUAAAACUCUUUCAAUGUUUACUUGCCAUUCUCCUAGAUUAGUAGUACAGUUCAGGUUGUGUAUUUUUCUCUGUUCUAACGGAAGGCUAGUUGUGCUUAAAGUUUUUAUUCAAGAAACAAAUGUUGCCUCAAAAAUAUAUAAAAACGUAACCUGUAUGAAGACUGAGGUCUGAGAAGGCUCUGUAAUCUUGCGCUUUCGCUCCCAUCGGAGCUGUUACACUCUUUUUAUUCCUUUUUGUUUUCAUGCCUCUUCUGUUAGUUUGUUUCCUGACAUUUAUCACCUUCAGGGUUAAAGCUUACAGAACCAUGGUUUUAUUUUAAAAGCCUUUGGACCAUUUGGAGCUUGAGCGUUGCUAUCAGCAUGUCAGUGUCGGCACUGACUGUUAAUAGAGUCUUUGAAUUGAUAUCAUCAGGUUAAACCGAAUAUCACUCAUGCUGCUGCAGUAGAUCAUUCAAAAGUUAUUUCUAAAGUGGUAAUAUGAACAAUGAAACUGUCAUCAAAUUUUUGAAAUUUAAUUAACAUGCACUGCACAUUCCUCAAAUGGUAACAAACAGAUGGUAAAAAAAAAUUAUAGAUGUAGAGCACCUCAAGGAAGUGGCUUCUAACUCCCAUGUAACAGCCUUCAGAUUCUCUACAGAAGGGAGCCAUUUGGUCAUUGUCAGACCAGUUCCUUUCAUGCCAACCCGCGCCACCCAUUCCAAAAGGUUGUUGCAACAGUAGUUCAGAAAUAAAUGUUUAUUAACCCCCUACAGGCAAGGAAGGUAACAGCUGCUCCAAUUUGAGAAGAUGUUACAGCUUCAGAGUUGUCUUUUUAAAAACUGAUGUUUGAGUGGUCUUAAGGUUUUACAUUUACCACAAACGACUAUGAUAAAGUAAAAAAAAAUAAAGCGGGAAGUGUCACUCAAAGUGCAAGAUUAAAGAUAUUUAUUCAUAUAAACAUGAAAAUAGAAGUGUUCUCAUUUUUGUUAAUAAUGCCGAAAAUAUAGAAAAUAAAUACCCAUUACCUAAAAUCAACCCAAAACUACAGGAAAUAAUCAAACAACUUAAAAGAACCAUUUACACAGGAUACAAACUGGGAUUAGAAUAACUGUUUUAGUCCUCCCUUUCACCCUCCAGUGGACAUGAAAUCUUCAAUUAGAAAUCUACAAAGUAACCAGAAGACGGAGGUUAAACAAUGGUAUUGAGAUAAAUAUGAACGUCCCAGAAUUCAUUAGUAAAUGUGAACCAGUUAACACAUAAAAUGUAAAACCUGAAAUAUCCACACUUACAAAAACUUGGAAGUGUCAAAACUGCAGCAGCUGUUCUUUCCUGUAGACGUGCACAUCAGCUGAUCUGUCUACAGGUUGAAGUUGCUGCCGUUACCUUUCUUGCCAAUAGGUGGCGCAGGUUGAACAUGAAUUGCAGGACUGAAACUGCUUGUGCUGCAGCUUCAGAAUUGGAUAUUGGUCUACGCCUGGUUUUGGUGCUUCUCAUCAGUGACACUGUGUUCCCUUUGUUCACAUACUGUUAGCAACUGGUAAAAUAUCCUAAUCAAAGAUGAAUUUAUAAAUGCCUCAAGUGCAUUUCAAUAGCCAAAUUACAACCUGAGACGGAUUAGUAGCUUACACUGUUUCAUGCUGUUCAAUAUCUGAGGAGAAAUGUACGUCAUAUAUAUUUUGUGCCAAAUUCUUUUUUUUUUGGUUUGCUUUUUCAUACUGUGUGUGUGUGUGUGUGUGUGUGCUUGCACACUUGAGUGAUUUGGAUAUUUUCCUUUUUUUUUGUCUUAAUUUCUUUUGGCUGAGGAUUUGUUUUAAUGCUUUUUUUAAUAGCUUUUUAAAACUUCAUCCAGUCAUUUUUAGGAAUAUUUUCAACAUUGUGACUAGAUGGUAAUUAUCAAAUGUCCAUCUGUCUGUUUUUGGUUCAGUCGUCACUUAAUAAGCAUUUCACCGUGGUUAGUUACAAUUUAUAUUUGUCCCAGAUUUAUCAAUAGAUAACAAUAACAAAAGUCGCUGAAUGUUCCAAGCCAAGCUGUACAUGUUGACCACACUAGACCCUCAACAUUUUGAAUUAGCCUGUCAAAGUUUAUUAUUUCAGAGGGGGUGAUACUAGACGUGAGGCGUUUAUUUAAUCUCUGAAAAUCCUACUUCUGUUUAUUUAUCAUUUAUUGGAACAACACAUUGGUAAACUCAUAAAUUCAAAUCGUACAUAAAUUGGUAAGAUUCUGCACCAGCCCCAUGUGCACUUGUACAGCUUCCAAGCAGAUGACUGUAGAUGUACAAAAAUCACCUGUACGUACAGAAAAUGUAUAUAUUUAUUGCUCAAGGAGAUGGCCACCUCUUGGUCUGUUUGGUUGUAUGGUGCAAUUAUUAUAUAUUUCUCAAAACGUACCUGCUAGCCACUCCUGUUUUUAGUUUGAUGUGGUUUGUGGCCAGAACCCCCUCUCUGUGUGCCUAAAAUUAGCCAAGAAAUGAGUGGCAACAUAAGUAAAUGGUGGUUAUUAUGUAAAUAUGGGAAACUAAUGACAAACUAUUUAUUAAAGGUUUAUUGUACAAUUAA